AUGCCUGUGAUCGUGCUUGAAGCUAGCGACUUUACCAGUCCUCUAUUUUUGGUGCGGACUUUGGAGAUCUUGUCCAGCUGCAUCACGUUCAGUCUUGUGGCCUCACUGGAAGAUUCUGAAUUGAACAACAAUCCAUCAAACCUCCACUUUGACACUUUUAGGAUCUUCUGCAUGUUUACCUGGUGCUUCUUCUUCACCCUUUCACUCCUCAUGCACAUCCUCAGUGUCAUCCAGUUUCACAGCCUCAUCCCAAUAUCCUGGAAGAACCUAACAAUGACUGUGGCGGUUUUGGGUGCAUUGAUGUGUUGCGCUGCCUCUGUGCUUUUCCCUUGGCUCAUCAUGGACAAAACAGUAUCACCGCGCCCUGUGGUGGCUGCUGUGGCCUCCUGUCUCACCUUCCUGGCCUACGCCUCAGAGUCUUUUGUUCUUUGCACCCAAACUCAUGAGCAAAGAGGCUACAUGGGCAGCAUGCCUGGUCUCCUUAAAAUGUUUCAGAUGUCGGGAGGCUGUCAGAUGAUACCCCUGGUUGUAGAGGUGAUUCGUGAACUGCCUAGUGGAGUGUACAUGUGGCAGAUGUGGGUCACCAGUGUGUCGUACAGUGUCUGUGUCCUCAUGUCAUUAGUCACACUGGUGGUGAUAAUCUGUGACUUUGCUGGGCGCUGUCUUCUUCCUUUUGACAGAUUUUUGGCUGGCUUCAGUCUAAUGGGAGUUUUGCUCUACAUGGUGGCCACUGUGAUUUGUUUUACCAAGAUACUGCAGCUGAGAGAACUUGGACAACAAAUUUCCCAUGAAAGUACUGGGCUGGUUAUCAUGGAAACAGUGGUUGCUAGUAUCACACUACUGGCCUAUACGGUGGACCUCGCCUUCUCCAUCAAACUUUUGUGUGACAGAGGUCACGCAUGA